AUGCAAAGAGAUGGUCUGAGGGUGGCUUUUGAAGCUUGGAACUUCUGCAAUGAAGUUGGUCGAGAAGCUCCCCACAUGGGUAGCCCAAGAGCUGCUGACUGUUUUGAUCUUUCAGGCUCUCUGACGCACAAAGUCACAGAAUCUGAUAACAGACUGGGGGUGGGGAGCUCAUUUCCUGGCCUAAAACCAGAACAUAUCAAUAAUACAGACCUUUAUGCAAUUGAAAAGGAAUUGUAUUUGGGUUCCUUGUGUGAAGUUGCAGACACCCCAAGGUCAUGGCAAUUUUGGAUGGUAAUGCUGAAAAAUGGAAACUAUGACACCAGGUCUGGGUUAUGUCCUAAGGACGGAAAAAAGCUUCCAGAGUCACCAAAUUUCAAGGUGAGGUUGAGCUUGGAUAUCAAGAAGGGUGGAGGGGCCAAGAGCCAAUUCUACCUUUUAGAAAUUGGAAGCUGUUGGAAGAACAAUGGUGCUCCAUGUGAUGGAGAUGUACUCACUGAUGUCACUAGAUAUAGUGAGAUGAUCAUCAACCCUGAAACCCCAGCUUGGUGCAGCCCCACAAAGUUGGUUAACUGCCCACCAUUUCAUAUAACUCCAGACAACAAAAAAAUCUAUAGGAAAGACACAGCCAAUUUCCCCUACUCAGCGUAUCACUUCUAUUGUGCUCCUGGGAAUGCUCAACAUUUGGAGCAACCAGUGAGCACUUGUGAUCCUUACAGCAACCCUCAGGCACAAGAGAUAGUUCAGUUGCUGCCUCACCCUAUAUGGGGUGAUUAUGGCUAUCCCACCAAAAAAGGUGAUGGUUGGGUGGGAGAUGCAAGGACUUGGGAACUUGAUGUUGGAGGGCUAUCAAGUAGACUCUACUUUUAUCAGGACCCAGGCACUCCUCCUGCGAAAAGAAAAUGGACGUCGAUUGAUUCUGGUACUGAGAUAUUCGAUAGCGACAAAGAUGAAGUAGCAGAGUGGACUCUUAUAUUAAAUUGGCUAGUGAAGAAACCAGUUUCCAUCGAGCAAAGGAAAAAUCUGAACCAGAGGGAAGAUGAAGGGAAGAGGGGUAAUUCUGUAAAGAAAGAGAAUGAG